UCUGAUUGAUCUAUUAGUUCAAACUCUCCGUCAAGCACUUCCCUAGUUCAGUCUCAAUCUAGAGGUUUUCAAGAAAAUCCCAAUAUGUCCACGCUUUCUUAUUGUAGAUUGGGUUAGCAGCAAUUAUCUGAGCCAAAAGUCCAAGAAUUGCCAAACAUUAGCUGAACCCGGUUCAGGCCAAUUGCCAAGUCAAAAUCCUAUAACAGAAUUAUACAAGAAACAGCUUACCAAACUAAAUUCCAGUCUGAGAACUCAUGUCCAUGGAAAUGGAUUUGUCUUCAUUCUGCUGCUUCUUCAUCUUCCUCUUUCUGUUUGUAAUUCAUCAACCAUCAAAUUGCCAACAAGAUUAUCUUAACAAUACUCAGUUGAACUGCGGUGUAAACCCUUCAAUAUCGAAAGGAUAUCUUUGCAAUGGCAAUGAUCAAGUGCCAUGCCAGUCUUAUAUAACCUUUUUAUCUCUCCCCCCUUAUGACACCCCCAUCUCUAUUGCUUACGUUUUAGGUUCAGAAGCCUCAGAUAUAGCCUUGAUCAACAAUAUAUCAAUCAAAGACAAAAUUCCAUCACAGAAAUUAAUCGUAGUUCCUAUUUCUUGUUCAUGUACAGGUAGUAUAUACCAGCAUAAUACUCCCUACACUAUCAAAAAUCUAACUGAGUCAUAUUUUACAAUUGCAAAUAACACUUAUCAAGGCCUGACUACCUGCCAGGCCUUGACGGGUCAAAACUACUAUGAUCCUGAACACCUUCAGGUAGGAAUGGAGUUGAUGGUUCCAUUAAGGUGUGCUUGUCCGAGUCGAAACCAAACAGCAGAUGGAGUGAUCUCCUUGUUGAUGUAUAUGGUGACAUGGGGAGAUACACUUUCAUCAAUUGGGCAGGCUUUCGGGGCUGAUGCUGCAAGCAUACUAGAAGCCAACAGGUUGUCACAGAACAGCAUAAUAUUUCCUUUUACGCCUAUUUUGGUUCCGCUUAGACGCGAAAGAUGCAUGGCUGAUCCAGAAAAUUUCUUUUGCCAAUGUCCUAAAGGAGGAGUAGGAGGUCUUAACUGCAGACAAGACAGCAAAAAAUUUCCAACCAAACUGAUAAUACUAUUAGGUACUGGCAUUGGCAUGGGAUUACUGUGUUUAUUCCUUUUCAGCUACAAGUUAUUUCACUUCCUAAAGGAAAGAAGAAACAGAAUUCGCAAAGAGAGACUAUUUGAGCAGAAUGGUGGCUUCUUGUUGCAACAAAAACUCUCAUCUUGUGGAGGAGGUAAAAAGGCAAAAUUGUUUACAGCAGAAGAGCUGCAAAGAGCUACCGACAACUAUAACCAAAGUAGAUUUCUUGGUCAGGGAGGAUAUGGAACAGUUUUUAAAGGAAUGCUACCAGAUGGUAGUAUAGUUGCUGUUAAGAGAUCAAAAACGAUUGACAGAACCCAAAUUGCCCAAUUUAUAAAUGAGGUCGUCAUUCUAUCACAGAUAAACCAUAGAAACAUUGUGAAGCUCCUUGGUUGUUGCUUGGAAACUGAGCUUCCAUUACUGGUUUAUGAGUUCAUUCCUAAUGGAAAUCUUUCCAAUCAUAUUCACGAACAAGACCAAGAAUCUUCUUUUCCAUGGGAGCUGCGCUUAAGAAUUGCAAGUGAAGUAGCUGGAGCAGUGGCUUACAUGCAUUCUUCAGCUUCAUCUCCUAUCUUCCAUCGAGAUAUCAAAUCUUCAAACAUACUCCUAGAUGAUAAAUAUAGCGCAAAAGUAUCGGAUUUCGGAACUUCGAGAGCAAUCCCAUUUGACAGAACUCAUCUAACCACUGCAGUACAAGGAACAUUUGGGUACUUCGAUCCUGAAUACUUCCACACAAGCCAAUUCACAGAGAAAAGUGAUGUUUACAGUUUUGGGGUUGUGAUGAUUGAGCUUAUAACAGGGGAAAAGCCUAUUUCCUUCGAUAGAAAUGAAGAUGAGAGAAGCCUUGUUGCGCAUUUCAUUUCAUCGAUGAAGGAGGAUCGCCUUCUUCAAAUACUAGAUCCUCGAGUUGCUAGAGAAGCAAGGAGAGAAGAUAUGCAUGCCAUUGCAAAGCUAGCAACAAGUUGUGUGAGAUUGAAUGGAAAGAAGAGGCCAACAAUGAGAGAAGUAGCUAUGGAGUUGGAUGGAUUAAGGAAGUCAGAAAGAUGCUUGCAGAUUGACCAAGAACUUUCGCUGCUGAGAGAUGACCCAUCAUUCGCUCACCGUGCUGAUGAACCAGGACAAGAAUCAACUGAGGACUACAUUACAUUUUCCUUGGAAAUGGAAUCUACCUCAUUCUAGAUUUCUUUAGCCUUUUGUAUAGUAUUUUUUAUAUUUUACUUUGAUUUCGAUCAUCAUACAUCCUUUGCUUCUAAUAUCAAUUAUUGUAACUCAAUUGAUACUUUGAUAUUGUAACUCAAUUGAUACUGAAGUUAUGGAGCUAAUUGAACAGAAAAAAAGUUACUUAGAGCUGAAUUUGUGUGCUCAUAUAAGAUUAUGCAAAGAAAUUGCACAAAUAGUUUAGGUGUAGAAAAAGAGAUUUGAAAUUGUAUUGAUCUGUGAUGAAAUUACAAAUUAAAAUUCUGAGAUUUACAAUAUGUGAAUGUUCUAUUAUAUACAUGCUGAGUUGCAACGGUCUUUAAGCUACCUAAUGUCUCCCUAUUAAGGGUUAAAGCGACCUGUGAUGACAUGUCUGUACAACUUUCAGCUGUACAGACCUGAGGCCUUACCCUUUGGUCCCUGAAGUCUCUUGUCCGUUGGUCCCUUCGGACAAAGCUUCAAGGUUUAGUUCUUCAACAUUAGGCUUAUCCAAUAUGUUCUGCAAAACAUUUACUAUGGACCAUGAAAUGAACUGUACUAUAGACGCAGGAGCAAGAAAGUGAUAAUUGUAUUUUAGUACAUUUACACUGUAUAAGAUUACAUCAAAGUCCAACUAUAUAUCGUACACAUGAACGAACCUGUUUCUUAGAAGAUAGUGUACAAGGAACUACAUUAGUCUAAAAGUGUAAUACCCUAUUGCUACUUGAUACUCAGAAGAGAUGCACUGAUUCAUCAACUGUGAAGAACUACGAAGUCGGUGGACAAAUGGAGAUUGUCUGCUGAAAAUUCUGCAGAUAUUAGCGUUUCCAAUUGCAGUUUGCCUUCCUUGCCAAAU